AUGAGCGCUUCGAGGGAUCCGCUCGUGGUCGGAAGCGUCGUCGGCGACAUCGUGGACUACUUCCCGGCGACGGCGCUGCUCCGGGUGCUCUACGGCGGGCGCGAGAUGACCUGCGGGUCGGAGCUGAGGCCGUCGCAGGUGGCGAGCGAGCCGGCGGUGCACAUCACCGGCGGAGGCCGCGACGGCAGGGCACUCUACACGCUCGUGAUGGUGGACCCUGACUCGCCUAGCCCAAGCAACCCUUCCAACCGGGAGUACCUCCAUUGGUUGGUGACUGACAUACCAGAAGGAGCUGGUGCCAAUCAUGGAAACGAGGUGGUGGCGUACGAAAGCCCGCGGCCAACGGCGGGGAUCCACCGGUUCGUGUUCAUCGUGUUCCGGCAGGUGGUGCGGCAGGCAAUCGACGCGCCGGGGUGGCGCGCCAACUUCAACACCAGGGACUUCGCCGCCUGCUACAGCCCUGGCGCCCCCGUCGCCGCCGCCUACUUCAACUGCCAGAGGGAGGGCGGCUGCGGUGGCCGGAGGUACCGGUGAUUGAUGAACAGCUGAUGAUGAUGCAGCAUGGUCAAAGAGGAAGCAUGCACUUACCAUGAUUAAUUCUUCGUUGUUGCAUU